UACAUCAGGGCUGAAACGACAAAAAUCUAUGCAAAGUUCAAGUGACCAGUGAAUGGAGGGCUUUUUAAUAAGCUAGUCCAUUUUUUGGCUGCGAAUAUUUGUUUCGCAAUACGUUAGUAGUGCUUAUUGAACGCUGUAGUGUGCAAUUUUCCAGUAAAUAGUGGAGAUCUGUUAUUUGAGGAAUCGAUCGUUCCAUUCUCUUUGAAACAGAUAUGCAAUGUCACUCCGCAAUGUCAAAUCCGGCCUGUAUUGUCAUUUUUAAUACCAAUCACCUGACACAAUAGCUUGUGUUGACCGUUGAUCGCUGGUAAUGUUUACGUCUUAGGAAGGAUGAAGAUUUCUUUGUGUUUAUUGCCUAAGACACUACUUAAUACUUUUGUAUUGAACGAGAGCUGGCCGGUCUGCAAAUUAUAUUUUUCAGUUUCACAAUGGCUGGGCUGUGGAAAUAUAAGCUGUGGAAGAAGAGGUAAGCUUAUUAUUUAAAUGAACGUCAGUCACUUUUUGUGCCAUGUUAUUGCUGUGUUAGAGCCAUUGCAUCUUAAGUUAUGUUAUAAUCUGCAAGAUCUCUUCAAAAGCUACAUUAUUAUGUGUGUUACUGUUGUUGUUGUGGUGCAUGUACCUUUAAUUCAAUUGUACAACUGUAGCUCAUCAGUAUAGCUUACAGCCUGUACUGGCAUUCAAUCAAUGUGAAGUGCACUUUUUCGUCAUGAAGUAAGGUAUGUUUUUGUACAGUCUAAGCUACUAACAGCAUUGCUCCUCAUAGGUACAUUAUAUAUGUUGUAGUUAAUUUUUUAUCCCAGGUAAUUUUUAUUUUUUCUUUUGUUUCAACUUCAUUAGCAUACAUUACCAUACCCAAAAACAAAAGAAAAACAAAAAAUUAUCUGAGGUAAAAAAAGUAGCUACAAAAUAUACAUUGAGCUACAACUUUAUGCUGUUAACUUCGUGUCUUUCUGCAAGUACCAUCAUCACAAGAGAAUCAAAGGAACCAAACAAUAUAGUUUUCCUGUGGGCUUUAUUGUUUGGUUGUUUGAUAUCUUUUGUUUUACAUAAUCUGCACCUCGGUUCCGCAGAAGGAACCUAAAUUAACUUGAGAAUACCCCACCUCUUAUUUGCAUCUCAUUGAAUAUAUACUUUCUCUGAGUCAAACACAUGAGAUUUUUGUCCCAGCAACUUCUGAAGAUUUCUGACAAUUUUCUGAAGACUUCCAGUCUUUGCAGAAAAUGUACAAAGAUGUUCUGAUGACCUUUGAGCAUCCCCAAAGCUGUUUAAAAGGCAACAAUUUUAGCAUGUUCUGAAACAGUUAGGAUACAACUUAGUCAACCUAUAUACAUGUAUAUAAGGGUCCUUUUGGAAUAUUUUUGUGGAAAUUGAAUUGAAUUUUUGUCAUGAAUCGUGUAUUAAAGAACAAUUUGUCCGGAUUUGUGAGUCAGGCAUGAGAAAUAGUUCUUGAUGCGUGAGACCAAUGCCUUUAGUCAGCAGGCAUGAGACUCGCACAUAAUGCAUGAUAGUUGGCAGGUAUGUCAAUAACAAAGGUCCCUAUUGAAUUAUGCUUGUUCUUUGAAGUGUUCUGACAGGUAGUGGGGUAUUUUGAAGCUGCUCCAAACUUUGAUGUUACAGGUAUGAUUGAUCAACUACCACUGCCCUUCAGUAAUCCCUUCAGAAGCUGUUGAUAAGUGGGAGGUAGUAUGGCUAGUCCCUUUGUUCCAGUAGACCUUGACAAGCUAUUAGAUGAGUUUGAGGAGAAGGAAGAAGGUGGGUGUGAGUAAUUCAGGAUGAUAAUGAUGUCCAGAACAGAAAUCAAUGUCAACAACUUCUUAACAACAAUCCCUUCAUUUUUAAUUAAUUAAAGAGUUUAAAGAAGAACACUUGUACACUUUUUCUGUGUAAUUCAAUAAUAAGUGAAAGAAUGUGUUAUUAGACAAAAUCUUGAUUUGCACUGGCUUUCACCUUUUUUAAAGAAGAAUUGUUUUGCCCUACAUGUAAGUCUGAAACAAAAACUAUUAACUAAUGUGACUUUUCCCUUUGUAGAAACAAAACCUGAGCAAUUGGCAUCAUUUAGCGCAACUGACCCCAACAGUAAACUGACAACAAGACAGAGGUUUCAAGCACCAUUUCCUAGUAUCAAGGAAGAGGCACUGUCUGACCAAGGAUCUGAACAAUGCAUCUCAGAUGAAAAGAACAGCAGUACUAGUAGUGGUGAUGAUAGCAGCGAUAGUGAUAGUGUCAGUGGUGUAAUAGAAGCUGCAGAAGCCAUUACAAACCAGGGGUCGAAUCUUAAUCAGCCUCAAACAAUUUUACAAGGUGUUAACAAUGACAGUGUUAUUGAUGAACAUAAAGAAAAAGUAAUUGUUUGGGACUGUGCUUCUAGUGAGAGUUCAGGUGGCAGUAAUGCCUCAAGUUCUAUUGAGAAAAGUAAUUCUGGAAGCUAUGAAUCGGAUGACGCGAAGUUCUCAAACCAGUAUGGAUAUGUCCAAUUGGUAAACGAAGAUACAGAAACGGC